GUAUUUAUCCCACUUCUGGAGUUUUGCUUUCGUAGCUUCAAAUGUACUCAACUCUAUUCAAUAAUUUCUCCCAUUAUCGUCACUUUCUUCCUUUAAACUACCUAGGUUCCUAUCGCUGCGGAAUCAGAUCUAGGUAUACAUCUAUAAAUUCAUAAAUUCACACAAUCACCAGGCGUCGAAGCAUUAUCAUGCCCAUCGACGACCCACCCGAAGACCUUUUUAUUCGCCUUAGGAAUCACAUAUUCGACGAGUUUCAACGAAGUUUCCACACUCUUUCUCAAUCGCACAUGGAGCCACAGCAUACUGAAAAUACACAUUCAAACAAUAACGGUCAUCCUCUACCUUUGAGAAGAAGUUUCACGGUAGGAAAUGACGAGGCGUUCGACGUCUUCAAUUGGGCCACCACAUCUCGAUAUUCACCUCUGAAUCUGCAGUCCUUGCCACAACCUCGUCCAAACGACGCACCUGAUAAUUGCCCAGAUAUCUUCAUUUUUCGAGACGCAUUCGAAGACCUCUUAGCAGUGAGUGCUGGAGAACCACUCUCAGACCUACGACAGCUUGCUUUCGAAAAACGUCUCGAACUUAUAGAGCACUACCUCUAUGGCAUACCCAUCGAGCAUUGGAUCGUUAAAGUUGGACAACGAGACCUUUGGGGAGCAUACUUCAAUCUUUCCUCACACGCCAGGCGGUCGCUCGCUCAGGGCAUGACCCCUUGGCGUUUGAUGCAAAUUACAUCGACAUUUCACCCACCGUCAAUGUUUCAAGCGCCAGUAUCUUCCCCGGCUUGGGAAGCUCAUGAAAAAUGGCGCCGCAUCUGGACUAAUGCUGCAGAUGAGCCGCCGAGACAUGAAGAGGAAGCAGGUACUGAGGCCGAUUUAUACGAGGCGAACAAAUCUGAAUUUGCUACCGAUAGUGGUGCAAAAAUCGUCGCUGCACCUCAAAGAGGUACAAGUACUAACGUAACUGGAAAAGAGGAGUCUUCCACAGAAACUAUUGAGACAACGGAUGGUGGCAAGAUUCUUAAAGUAAUCCAGCAACGCUCUUUUGACAACGGGACAGAACAGAAGACCGCUAUAAAGCGAUUUGAUGCAAAAGGUGACUUGGUAAAUCAAAGCGAAAAGGUAGUAAGAAUAUGGUCGACCAGACACCCAGAAUACAACUCACAAUCUAGAACGGAACAAUCAAGUCCGGAUACCAAAGGUACGGUAUCCGCCGCAGACCGGGUAGACACGCAUUCUAGUGAGCAGAAAGGUUGGAAAUUUCUUGAUUGGCUCUGGAAAUAAUAAUCAAAAAUUCGGAGUUUCGUUCGUCUCCGCUCUAAUUAUAUGGUGUCACAAUUCGAAUAUACCUUAUCUCGGACUCCUUGAGUACGCUCCUGGCUUAGUAAUAAUGAUAAAAAUGCGCAAAAAUAGAUUGAGAUUUAUGUAUGCUUUUGAUUUGCCAAUUCUUCAUUAAAAAAUUGGCGAAUUAAAUUAUAACGUCUCAACGGCGAGCUUGAGCUUUCUUCUUUCUCAUCAUCCUUUUCCUUCCGAUAAUCUUCUGCUGUAGUUCAUCCCGAGCCGAUC